CAAUAAGUGUCAUCAACAGUUGUAGUUUGCUAAGACAUGACUUUAAAUAAAUAGAAAUAUCAAACUAAGUUCAAAUUUCCAGCGCGCAAUUUUCCACAAUGAGGAACUUGCCUUGUAACAAUCUCAUGAACAAUGAAACCUCCAAGAAGUCUCUUUUAACCAACCUCAGUGUUACUUAUAUAUACACAGAUUCAUACAAAUUCAUUUCACAAUUUAGUAUCUGUUAUAAUUUCAUCAUGCAAAACUACAGCCAUCCUUGUUUCGUAGAAAUCACUUUGAUAUCAGCUCAAGAUCUCAGAUUAGCUUCUUCGGUUUUCUGCCGCCGCCGCCUCCGGCCGUUCAUAACCAUCAACACUGCCAUCGCCACCACGUCCAGUGAUAAACAGCUGAAAGUGUACAAAACAAAGGUUGAUGAAAAAGGAGGUGUAAAUCCCACAUGGGGUGACAAGUUUCAGUUACCUCUUGAUCAAACUUUUUUUUACCUAAGAAAAUCAGGAAUUUAUCUCCAACUUUACACCAAGAAUCUUUUGAUGGGCAAUACGCAACUGGGAUGGUGUCUGAUUCCAGUGUCGGAUAUAGUCGGCAGGUUAAUUCCGGUGGGGUCGACUCAAUUCUUAAGUUAUCGGUUAAGGGAUAGGGAUGGUUCGAGGGGGCAUGGGGUUGUGAAUGUUGCGGUAAAGUUGGAAGGGAAACCUCCGACACCACACCCUCCUCGGCCGGUGAUGACGCCAGAUGGGAAUGUGAGUGAUAUGGUGAUUGGAAUUCCGGUGAAAAUGUUGCCGGAGAGGAAUGAGUUUUCCCAAGGGCAUGUAAGAGCUGGUUCACCACAUAGUUACGCCUUUUCUCCUGGUCAGAACAUACUUGAUAAUGUGAGAAUUGAGACCUACUCUGCUAAGAAUUUUGCUGUUAUGGGAAUAAGGGAGUCUAAAGCCCAGACAAGUGAUGAUGAAUAGGGACUAUCAACAUACUGAAUGGUUGAGCAGAUCUAAUGGUUCGGUAACAAAAUGCAAAACUUUAUAAUGUCUCAAGAUAAGAAGAACAAUGCUAGUUGCACAUGUACAGUCACACAAAUGAGACUCGUACAAAUUUAAGAUGCUAAACACUAAUUGUUCAUCUUAUCUUUCUAAAAAGAAGAAUUUUUCGAUCAAUGCUACUGCUCAAAUGUUUAGAACCUUUAAAUCAUGAACAAUACAAGAUGCAAAUAUGAUUCAAUUUUUUUA